CUCAUCGAUUUCUCCUUGCUCAAGUACAGUGCGGCGAUGGCCUGGCAAGCCCAGCCGCCCCCCUGCAACUCUCGGCGAGCCCGUCGGUGCAUUCCUGGUCGAAUCGGCUCUCCGUUGCUUCUGCUGCUCGCGCCGUCGCACGAGGCUUGCUCCAACGAGGCAACGACGCGUGGAGGCACCGUGGCUUGCGUGGCAGGGAGCAAGGGACGGCAAGCAGAUGGCCGGCUUGCGCCGGUGGAAGGAAUCAGAGGUGUUGCCAUCGCAGAGGGAACCCCAAGAGUCGUUUCAUAUUUUCAGGAUGGAUCUGAGGAUAGGGCUGGAUCCGGGAGAAUAAUGGCGAGGCUGAAAUCUGUGGUCUCUGACGGUCAUCCUAAAUUCGGCAAGAGGAAACUAGAGCCUGUAGUUCAAAGAGACACAGCUGCCUUCAGCAGAUGGUUGAGUAUGCUUUGGUCCUUCCCUGAAAGCCUCUGAUGAUUGUAAUGGCUUGAGCGUGAGGUCGUC